AUCAUAAUAUUUUAUUCAAUUUAGAGGGAUCAAUUCGUGUAUUUCACUGAACCUCAAGAAAAAAAAGGUAUGAAAAGCGGCGUUGUUGGUGCUGGUUUGGCCAUUUUUGUUUCGGAAUAUUGGAGCUAAUUCUGUAGUGAAAAGAAAAUGGGCAGCAAUAAUAGGAACAAGAGGAGGAAGAGGGCAACAAUCCACCCAAGAAACAAAUACGCAGAUAGCCCACCUGAUUUUGCUCUUUUGGCUUCUCUCUAUCCUUCUUUUGAGCCCUUCAUUUUCUUUUCUCGUGACGGUAGACCCAGAAUCGAUUGGACCGACUUCAACUCCACCCGAGAACUCACCCGACUCCUCCUCCUUCACGAUCAUUCCCUCAAUUGGUGGAUUCCUGAUGGACAGCUCUGCCCUACAGUUCCAAAUAGAUCAAAUUAUAUCCAUUGGGUCGAAGAUCUUCUUUCCUCUGAUAUCAUUCCAAAGACUAACAUCAAUGGAGAUACUGUUAAAGGUUUUGACAUCGGCACUGGAGCAAACUGCAUUUACCCUCUACUUGGUGCAUCUCUUUUAGGAUGGAGCUUUGUUGGAUCAGAUGUGACCGAUGUAGCCGUAGAAUGGGCAGAGAGAAAUGUUAAAAAUAAUCCACAUGUUUCUGAACUAAUUGAAGUUAGAAAGGUUACAAAUUGUCAAGGCACCCUUUCUGUUGAAGAUUCUCGUAAUGUAGAAUCUAUUAGUUGUGAAAGCAAAAUGGAUGCGGAUGGAAGUGUUAUUGAGAAGCUGGUUGAUGCAAACAAGAAAUAUCAUGGACCACCUGUACUUGUUGGUGUAAUAAAAAAUGAUGAGAAGUUUGAAUUUUGUAUGUGUAAUCCUCCAUUUUUUGAGUCCAUGGAGGAAGCAGGAUUGAACCCAAAGACUUCUUGUGGUGGCACUCCUGAAGAGAUGGUUUGUCCUGGUGGAGAAAAGGCUUUUAUUGCUCGUAUCAUUGAAGAUAGCGUAAUACUGAAGGAGUCCUUUAGGUGGUUCACUUCCAUGGUUGGGAGGAAAACAAACCUGAAAUUUCUAACUUCAAGGCUUAGGGAGGUUGGAGUCACCAUAGUAAAGACAACAGAAUUUGUCCAAGGGCAAACAUGUCGAUGGGGGCUUGCUUGGUCUUUUGUGCCACCUGCCAGGAAGAUAAUAUUACCUCAUGUGGAUGAGAAGAGCAUCAUCUCUUUCAUGCUUGAGGGACUUCAACGCCAAUUCAGUGCCAUAGACGUAUUACAAUCAGUUGAGUCCUUUUUUCGUACUACUGGAGCAUCUUGUAGAUUGAAUUCCACAUCAUUUGCUGUUGAUAUUACUGCAUCAAUGGAUCAAUGUGAUGCAAUUCUAAAGAAUGAAGCAAAAGAAUCUGAUGGAACUGCCAAUUGCGAUCCUUUGGAGGGGACAUCCAAAUCCAAUAGUUCGACUUUGCAGCACCCUCCUUUAAAUAAAUUGUGUUUUCGCAUUUUGGUUUUCCAGCAAAUCCCUGGCACCCUUUUGGUUAAAGGAUCAUUGCAACAUAAAGAUAGCCCAGUUUCAGGAGUGUUCUCUUCAGUUAUCCAUCAGUUGGAGGAAAUGUUGAGAUAUAAAUUUUGUAGAGCAAGAUCCACUCUCAACUUAAUAGGAAUAGCUAUCCUUUUACACAACUUCAGAAGAUUUCCAGAUUAACUAGACAGUAGACACUGAUCUUAAUAUCAAGAUCAAGGGAGCAUCCAUUCGUUCAAUUCACUGGUUGUACCAACUCAAUAAAGUUUGUGAUGGAAUGAAACCCUCCGUGGACGCAUGUAUCCUUUUUUUGUUUCAGCGUUAAUGAUGGAGAGUUUGACAGCCAAUGGAAAGAAGUCAAUAAUCUCGUUGUUGUUUAUCUGCUAGAUGCUAAUAUCGGAGUAUUCUCAUGUUAUCCAUCAUUUGGAGGUUAUGUUGAGAUAUAAAUUUUGUAGACGAAAGCCCACUCGGUUAAGAUUUUUCCGAUUCUUCAUAUACCAGAAUUCAGAGUAGAGAGUUGUGGACAUACUUAAGUAAAUCCUGCUUUCUGCAAAGUGGCAUUUAAUAUGCCACAUUAUUUUUUAGUCUAGUUCUUUUUGCAAUUUAAUCCAGUCAUCAUCACCAGGGCCCGCCCUUAUCAAGAUUGAUCUGCCUCGUAAGUACCAUUGAACUAGUGGGUAGUCACACUGCAUAAGGAAACUAUGUUACAUUACAAAGAAACUAACGUCUUCAGAAAAUGUGAUAAAAAUGGAGUAUAUGUGCUUCAGAAAUGAAACUUCAAAACCAAGCCUUGUUUUACAGGAAGGUCUAGUUACAAUACAAGGAUGUAUGGAUACAGAAUGGCUGUUAGUAUUAGGUUUGGUAGCUUGGCAUUUUAGGUCCACUUGGAACUUUUAGUUGAUAUGGUGGAUCAAUAUUGAUUAGGUUCUUAUCUGUAUGGUUAUAUGGAUAAAGCCAUUUUGGGUCUGGAUUUGUUUAGACAUUAUCCACUUGCAUUCUGCUUGGGGGCCAAUAGAACUGUCAGGUAUCAAAUUAUGUUUGGACAUAUGAUAUUAUUAAUGAUGUGUUGCAUUAAUUAA